AUGCGCGGAGCCAGGCUGCUGGCCUCCUGGGCUCCAGGAGUAGCUGCCAGACAGACAGCUCGAACGCCUGGAAGCAUCGCUUCCGAACUAUUUUCUCAGAAUAAUGCCUCUCCCGUUGGGACGAGUUUUCUUGGAUCCAAGAGACACUUCUCAGGACCAUCGAGCAUAUUACGCAAUUACCACGGAACCCCUCUACCCUCCGGAUCGCCGCCCUCUCACGUCAAUCGCGCACGAACCGCAAUUGAUCCCUCGCAACUGUUCGGAUGUAUUCGUCUCUUCUCUUCCUCUCAGAUAUCACUGGAGGCCAGGCCAACGGGUCAGAUGACACCAUCGCAAACUCAAAAAGACACGACACAGGAUAAGGAUGAUGAGGAUCUGGACAAGGGAUUUGAACUUUCGGAACGGGCAGCUCAGGCAGCUAAGGUCAACCUCCGGGCAAAGCUAGCCAAGGACGGGGCUUCAGGAAAGAAUGCUGGGCUCAAGGAGAUUUGGCGACUGCUAUCCAUCGCGCGCCCAGAGGCUAAAAAGCUCGGGUUCGCUUUCUUCUUCCUACUCAUCUCUUCGGGUAUCACGAUGUCUAUUCCCUUCUCUAUUGGCAAAAUCAUGGACGCAGCCACGAAGUCGGCGCAAGACAACGAGACAGCAGAUGAGGGCGCUCCGGAUCAGCUUUUUGGCUUGAGUGUACCUAUGUUCUAUGGUGCAUUGGCCGGAAUCAUGACCCUGGGUGCUGCCGCUAACUAUGGUCGCAUUGUCAUUCUGCGUAUCGUCGGCGAGCGCGUCGUUGCUCGACUCCGUUCGAAUUUGUUCCGGAAGACCUUUAUUCAAGAUGCGGAAUUCUUCGAUGCGAACCGCGUGGGUGAUCUGAUCUCACGUCUUGGCUCCGACACGAUUAUCGUUGGCAAAAGUAUCACCCAAAAUCUCUCCGACGGUCUCCGAGCGACGGUCAGUGGUGUGGCAGGAUUUGGCCUCAUGGCUUAUGUCAGUCUCAAGUUGUCCAGUAUCCUGGCGCUUUUGCUUCCUCCGAUCGGUUUAGGAGCUUUCUUCUAUGGAAGAUCGAUUCGAAACCUGAGCCGCAAGAUCCAGAGGAAUCUCGGAACCCUUACCAAGAUCGCCGAAGAACGCUUGGGCAAUGUGAAAACUAGCCAAUCCUUUGCUGGUGAGAUCCUGGAGGUCAACCGCUACAACACUCAAGUUCGCAAGAUCUUCGAGCUCGGCAAGAAAGAGUCUCUGAUCAGCGCGACCUUUUUCAGUUCUACCGGAUUCAUGGGUAAUAUGACCAUUCUUGCUCUACUCUAUGUUGGGGGUGGAAUGGUCAAAUCAGGCGCCAUCAGCAUUGGAGAGCUCACAUCUUUCUUGAUGUAUACUGCCUAUGCUGGAUCCAGCAUGUUUGGUCUCUCUAGCUUCUAUUCCGAACUAAUGAAAGGUGUCGGUGCGGCUAGUCGUCUUUUCGAAUUGCAGGACCGACAGCCAACGAUAUCACCCACAAAGGGCGUCAAGGUUGAAUCUGCUCGUGGCCCCAUCCGCUUCGAGAAUGUUUCGUUCAGUUACCCUACCCGCCCUGCGGUUCCUAUCUUCCGCGAUCUCAAUUUCGAGAUUCCUCAGGGUACAAACGUCGCCAUUGUCGGACCCUCAGGCGGAGGAAAGUCCACCAUUGGCUCUAUCUUGCUGAGAUUCUACAACCCCACUGCAGGACGCGUUCUGGUCGGUGGCAAGGAUAUCAGUGAGAUGAAUGCCAAAUCUCUCCGCAGGAAAAUAGGUGUAGUUGCACAGGAGCCUGUCUUAUUUUCUGGAACAAUUGCCGAAAACAUCUCCUAUGGAAGUCCCCACGCAACUCGGUCAGAGAUCAUCGCGGCUGCCAGGAAGGCGAACUGCCAAUUCAUCAGUGACUUUCCGGAUGGCCUUGACACUCAGGUUGGACCUCGCGGAGCUCAACUCUCUGGUGGCCAGAAGCAACGCAUUGCCAUUGCUCGCGCUCUGAUCAAGGAUCCUGAUAUUCUGAUUUUGGACGAGGCGACUUCGGCGCUCGACGCGGAGUCUGAGACCCUUGUUAACAGUGCCCUUGCUGCCUUGCUCCGCGGCAACAACACGACUAUCAGCAUCGCCCACCGGCUUUCUACUAUCAAACGAUCGGACACUAUCAUCGUGCUUGCUCCUGAUGGCAAGGUGGCUGAGCAAGGCAGCUAUGAGGAGCUCAGUUCCCGCCCUGAUGGAGCAUUCACCAAAUUGAUGGAAUGGCAAUUGAGUGGCGGCGAUGCCACUCCUCCUCGGGCACCCGUUAGCCCUGAGACAGAGGAGAAGUUGUGGCAGUUGGAGAAUGAGAAUGCUGAAGAUGAAGCUGAGGCUGAAGAGCCUCGCGAGGAAUCUGCUCAGCAAAAGCAAUAGAAGGAGUCACUGGGCCGACACUUUCAAGCAUUCUUCAGUUCUAUAUUUACAUGUUUUGACGUU